AAUGCAGCACCGUUGGACGCGUCGGGGGAAAGAGGAAAGAAAGGAAGCAAGAAAGGAAGGAGCCCUGCUGAAUUCAGCCUAGCAGUCUUGGCGCCAAUCCGAUUUACAUAGAAAAUAAAGCGUUUGGAUUGGAUAUUUUUAACCAUUUAAGUUGUUUCUAAACGAAACACAGAUCGGUGUUGUGUCGAGUUAGCUUUGUUGGCACUCUCUUCUAUUGUCAGAGAGAUUGGCCCACUUUUACUGUCGAUACUUUGCUUUUACUCUUCUUCUUUAGCUAAGCGCCGGGACAAAGAGGUGUGUUUCUCCUGGUGACUGACAAGGCACAUCGGGGGGGAAAUGGGGAGAAAAUCUAACAGAGCAAAGGAGAAGAAAGCGCGACGUCUGGAGGAAAGGGCAGCUAUGGACGCAGUGUGUGCCAAGGUGGAUGCUGCUAAUAAGCUUGAAGAUCCGCUGUCUUCUUUCCCAGCCUUCAAGAAAUAUGACAGAAAUGGGCUGAAUCUGCAGAUUGAGUGCAGGAGAGUGACCUCUCUCAACCCGCUGUCUGUGGAGUGGGCCUUUGAACUCACCAGGGCCAACAUGCAGGCACUAUACGAGCAGAGUGAAUGGGGUUGGAAGGAGAGGGAAAAGAGGGAUGAGAUGUACGAUGAAAGGGCGUGGUACCUGCUGGCCCGUGACAGCGAUUCAUCCCCCGUGGCUUUCUGUCACUUCCGGUUUGAUGUGGAGUGCGGAGAGGAGGUUUUGUAUUGCUACGAGGUUCAGCUAGAGAGCAAAGUGCGCAGGAAAGGGCUGGGGAAGUUCCUUAUCCAAAUACUUCAGCUCAUCGCUAACAGUACACAGAUGAAGAAAGUGAUGUUGACAGUCUUUAAACACAACCAUGGGGCUUUCCAGUUCUUCAGAGAAGCUUUACAGUUCGAGGUCGAUGAGACUUCACCCAGCAUGUCAGGCUGCUGCGGGGAUGACUGCUCCUACGAGAUCCUCAGCAGGCGGACCAAACACGGCGAAGCCUCGGCAGGACACACCCACGGUGGCGUGCACUGCGGCAGCUGCUGCCACUGAUGGGCCCAAGCCUCACGUUUUAUGGGGUUAAAAGCCAGCAACUAUCAUUGCUGCGUGUGAAGGCUUGAUGGUCUGAACGGCUAUGAUACACGGGCAGCAUUCUGCCGUAAGGUUCUUUUUUUUAUCGUUUCGUGCAUCUGAGAGUUUGUGUAUUCUUUGACGAAGGCGGGGUACAUUUUCCACACACUGGGUUUUGUUCUUCUCAGUUUUCCUCUUGUCUUUUCUGUCCUUCCUGAUUUCAGUAGUUGAGAAAAAAGCAGUAUUAGUGACGUACUGCGAACUUUGUAGUCUCUUUUUAAAGAAACGGCAAAAAAUGCACUCCUGAUUUGGGACUCUCAAGGUUUCAGUUCAUCACAGUCUGGGUUAUAACCUGAUUUAUUCCUAAUUUUGGUAAUACUUACUCAUCAGGAAGUAUAUCAAGAGAAAAGUUAGGUUUGAUAUCGCAUAAAAGAGGCUAAGGACUGCACAACUGGAGACUGGAGUUUAAAAAAAUAAUCCUAAAUUGUAAGUUUUUGCCCCCAAUCAAAGAAAAAAAUCUUUAAGUUUGAAGAAAAAUCAAGUAACUAGCAUAAAACCUGCAUAUAAACCUUUUUUUGUUUGUAAUUUUUCUAGACACUCUAAUUUUCUGUAUAAAACCUUUGAGAUGUCGACUCAGAAAGUCGCCUUUUUUGUUGACGAAUUCUGUAAUUUCAAAGUAAAAUGUUUUCUAUAGUUUUUAUUAACCUGUUCCAGGCUGGUUAACAAACCUUUCAGACAAAUAAAAUGAAUAAUGGUACUAAAAAUAUAAACACAUUUCUCUUGCUUAGUCAAUUUUAGAUCAAACUAAAGUCUUAAGUUGCAGCCAUUUAAAUUUUAGCUACCAGGCAAAGAAACAAUAAAGCAUCGCCUACUGAGUUCUAAUAAUCAUUUUUUAAAUUCUCCUCUUUUGGCUUUUAUCAACUUUUAGCAUCUCUGCUGGGCAGGUUUUAAGUGGAAACGGUGGGAAAGGUCACACCCUAUUCAGCAUUGAGAGGUUAUAAGCGAGUCUGCAGCCGAGUUUUUGCUUUAUUGUGAAAGGCAGAUGUCUCACUUCCGCUAAUAGCGUUUUCUUCAUAUUCUCUAAUAGUGACGGUUACAUUGAACUGUAAAUAUUAUACUUUUAGUUGUGGUUACCAGCUACCAUCUCUUUCCUUGGUCUGAAAUGAACCACAUGAGCUUCUUAAAGCAUAAGUGCUUAAAAGAAUACAAAGAAAAAUUUUUUACGGUUACCGCAGAUUUGUUCUGAGGAUUGGGAGACGUUCCCUGUUCUUGCAUCUUCAGCGUGCAAAAGUGAAACACAGCCUGCAUUUUAAAGAUAUUUGUUUUUGGUUUUUUUUAUUUCAAACCAGUCAGCAACGUCAAGGCUAAAAUGACAGACAAGUGAUGAAAUUGUUUUUCAGUAUGACUCUGGACCACAAAUUAACAGUUUUUUUUUUUGUGGCACUGAAAAGUCAUGUAAACAAAUUCCUUUUUUUAUUUGCCUUUAGAUAAUUUUAGUUUCAAAUAUAUGUAUUUUUUCCGUUAACUUCCAUUCAUAACAUUAAUGCUUCCCUUUUAGUGCACAAAGAGAUAAUUCGCUAGAAAUUUUGCAUUGGGAGGGACCUCGGACCAUCAAUGAACCGUUUGUUUCUCUCAGGUUGAUGACAUUUGAUCAAACCUCAUCUUUCUGGGAAUAGUUAGCUGUGUUACUUUUUUUUGUUCUUUUUUUUUCCCACGUAAAAACCUUAAAUCCACCUGGAAUUCUUGCAUUUUUAGUAAAAACCUGUUAAUUGUAGCUUAUUCAGUCCCUUCCAAAUGUGACGCUGCAUGAAUUUCCCUUGAACCUGAGCCACAGGGCUGCAGUCAAUCCAGGCAGGUGUGCCGUUUCUGUUUUUUAACCUCUAAAAGCUCACAAGCUUUAAAAAGGAUUUAGUGAAAGUAUAGGUUAAAAGUGAGCUUACAUUUUUUUUAAAUAAAGUUUGUUUUAGAAAAAAACAUUGAUAAUCCUCUCAACUUUCAAGAUUUCUUUUUUUUCUCUGUAUAUAAAUAUGUAUAUGUAUAAAUAUAAAGUGUUGUGGCUCCAUCCUCUCUUUUUCUUGGCCUUUUACAGGUUCAGAUCUCUGAAGAUUGUGUUGAAUCAUAGAAAACUACAUAUUUGAGAGUGAGUGUUACAGUCUUGUCAGCGACAAUAAAAGGGAAAGUCGUUCUGCCUUGUCAGUGUUUUAUUUGUAUGUUGCAAAUAAAGGAAACUUCUUUGACUUUAUAGAA